AUGGAGAGUGUAGUCCCGGGUGUCGGGAAUAUUGACAAAAGUAGUGUAGCCGGAGAGUUUGUGUGUGUGUGUGUGUGUGCGCGCGUGUGCUGGUGUGUUUGUGUGUGUGUGUGUGUGGUGCGCCCCAGCAAUCUGGCCUGGUGUUCUUAUCUGUGUUCAACUGUUUAUAGUAUGUCAUAUGUUGAUACGGUCUCACUUGUCCUGUGUAGGGGGGGUAGGGGGUGGUGAUGGGUGGACGGCGGCAGUUUUGUAGUUAGUAACAAUGUAUAGGGACACCCCCUACACACACACACACACACACACAAGUUGCUGUGUGUGUGUGUGUGUGUGGUGUGGGGGGGGACAGCCAGUCAACGCUCGCCUUACUUCGGGGACGGACGGUACAUCUAUCCUCGCUCUACCCCCCCCAACAUUUCCGUUCCUCUCAAUUCCCCAUCCACCUCUACUCUCUCUCUCUCUCUCUCCUCCUCCACCUGUUGUCUUCACCCCUCCCUCGUGACCUGACCAGCUCCCCCCUACACUCUGGGGACACACAGUGGACAGGAACCUGGAGCCUCGAUGGUUGGCCAGUGGUGGGAGUCUUAACUCCGGGGCUGGUAUUGUUAGCCAGGUGGACUGCUGCUUCUAUCUUGCUCCCGUAGAACACUUGUUUAACACUCUACACACAGGCAUGAAGGUUUGAGGAUGGUCAUAGCAGCUGAAAUAAUUUAUCAAGAUUCAGCAUAUGUUCUUUUCUAUGAAGGCAGGAAAGCCUUGCAUGGUUUUGGUUGAGUUCACCGUGGAGAAAUAAAUAAUGGAGUUUAGUGACUCAGAAACUAUCUUAAAUUUCCUUGAGCAAAACUCUCAAAUAUCAAGUGAAGAUGUUUUGGUAAAUGCAGAGGCUGGAAUGGUUUGUAAUUCCCUCAACUUAAAGGUGGAGGAUGAUGAUGACAACCGCUUAGAGACAUCCGAAACUCUUCUUGAUAACCUUAUCUUUAGUGUGUGUAGCGAGCAGGUUCCCACAUCAACCAAUAAUGCAGAGAACAGCAGUAAAAUUACUGAAGCCAAAUAUGACACAAAGAAAGCUGCUGCAUCGAAGGUUGGCAGUGAGCCAUCAAGGUUUCCCUUUCAGUUAAGUGAGAGUAUGAAGAAAGGGCUCUCCCUUCUGACCUUUCCCUCUAAAAGAACCAACUCUCAAAAAAAGAUUAGGAAAUCAUCACGAGCCAUAUCAAGUUCUCGAAUCACAAUAGGCGAAGCUCUAGAAAAAGCAGAGAAUGCAAGACAAAGUAUUUCCAUCAUUUUAAAGGAAGCACGUGAAGCAGAGAAUGUGGGUGGAAGCAUCCUAACAGAUCCUGCAACACAACCACUUCCCGUGGGCAGUUCUGCUUCAGUUGGGCCAAAACAUGAAGGGAAAAUUAAGAUUGAAAUAGGGGAGGAGACAAGUCUUACUGGGGAAACUAGCAUAGACACCAAAAUUACAGAUGGGGAGAAAGAAAAUGUAAGAAAUGCCUCCGAAAUACCAGUCCAAAGUGAACCAGCCUCGUUACUUGAAGAUUCUCAUAAUGACCAGCACGUUAACUUGGAAGGCUCAUGCAUGCAAGGUAAGAGAGAGGCAGUGGCAAGCAAGGGUAAAUCCACUGCAACAUCCAGACUUAAGCUGUCACCCAGAAUGCGGGAGCUCCUGAAGUUUACCUUCGCACAUGAACACUUCCCAACAUCUGUCCACAUGGCACGCCUGGCCAAAAUGAUGGGCGUGCAAUGGUCACAAAUAAGAAACUGGUUUACCGAUUGCCGUGUGGAAAAUAAGAAGGCAGGUAUAUUCCCACGAGACAAAGUACUUGUACAAUGUCCUUAUUGCGAUAUCACACUGGACACUGAAGUAGAACAGAAGAACCAUCUCUUCUCAAUACUUCAUGUCAGGAAGGUUCUUGGGGCAGAAUUUAAUGGUGGAAUUGGCUCAAAGCCUAUCAGGUGGAAGAAGCUACCAAGCAGUGUGAAAGCCGUCAGUAAGAACUCUGGCGGUCGAGUGUUGGCCGUUGGCUAUUCUGAGAUUGUGGAUGAUAAUACUGAGCCAGAUAAAGUUACUCACACAGAUGAAGCAGUUGAGGAGUUAAGUGAAGCAGAUGAAAUUGAAUCAAAGAAGCUUCAAAAACGAUGGACAGAUUCUGUGCUGCUUCAAAGCAUAAGGGAACAAUCUUUACAGAAAAAUGCUUCAGGCACAAGCUUAAGUAAUAAAUCUUUUGGAUUUCAAAGUGGCAGUGGUGGUAAUAGGGUACAAGAAAAGGAAGAAUGUUUAACUUUUAUUAAAAUGGAAGCUGGAGAAGAAGGAAUCGUGCAAAACACUAUUGGCAGUGACAACAAAUCCAGCACAGAGACAGUGGAAACAGAAACCUUGCCGACUGGUGACACCGGUGCUUCGUUACCUACAAGUGUGAAGCAUCCUAUUGUUGUUGGUCCUGCAGAGCUGUGCUCAAAUAACAGUGAUAGUGUUAAGCAACUACAGGUCCCCAGUGUCUCUAAACCAGAGGUCAUAACAAUUAGUGAUGUUUCCAUCAAUAUUUCAGCCUAUAAAAAUAAAUCAGUGCAAAGAAUAGGAAAACAGAUGCAAGAUAAUGAGAUGGCUCAAGUUUCAACUUUGCAACCAGGUCCAUUAGUACAAAGAAAAGGUGACAAAUAUUCUAGAUUUGAAGAAGUUGGCAAUAAUCUGAGCAAUGACACAAAUAGUAAAGUAAAUACCCUACAAAAACGAGAGAAGAAAUGUGAAAAGUUUGCCAUUAAGGUAAUUAAGGAGGCCAAGACCAAUGCACCUUCCAUCCCCAAUAUAAAUGUUACUCAUGGUAUUAGUUCCACUUCAAAUGUAAAUGUUAACCCAGUUACAAAUCAGGCAUCAGGAAGUACAAGUUUAAAUGCUGAAUUGUGCAUUUCAAGAAAAAGAUGCAGAACCACUGAGGGCACUGGUAGUUAUAUAGAGUCCCAGCACAUAAACACUAAAAAUACCCACUACUUGCAAGCACCUUUUAUGACCUCAGUCUUAUUAAAAUCUCACCAGAAUAUCAGGAAUGCUUCAGAUGAGACUGUAGUAAUUGGCUAUCAGUGCCCAACUUGCAGUAAAAUUUUUCAAACCGAGUGGCUAAUGAUAAAACAUUGCACCAUCCACUUCAAGUAUAUAUGUGACAUAUGCGAGCAACCAUUUCCAUCAGAACCCAUGCUCAAGCUCCAUAUACAUGAUCAUCUCACUGCAGCUUAUGAAGAUGAAAAGUACUAUUGUCAGUUUUCUUGUAAAACUUGCCAUAGCCUUAUGUGUGAAUGUUAUGAGCCAAUAUAUUGUAGGCCAAAGGAAAUACCCAAAGGAUAUUCAAGGCCUCAAAAAGCAAGACGGUCCAAGAAAACUUUCAUUAGCAAACCAAAUUCUGGUUCCAAUGAUCAUUUGGUUGUUACUUUAGCAGAUUAUAAAAAACUUGUUCAACCUAUGGGCAGCUUAGGGAACAUAAGAAGUGGAAAGAAGAAAUCAAAUGCCACCCAAGGAAACCCUAGUGGUCCUCGCAUCCAGAAAUUGCAAAUACGAAACAACUUACAAGAAAUGUCUCCUCCUAAAGAAUUUGAUGUAAAACAUUCCAAGUCUCAUGGAGAACCCAAAGAACAUGACAGCCCAAAGCAAGACACAAUAUUCUUGGACAGUUCUAAAGAUGUAACAGAGGUAAUUAUGCAUAAUGACUUGAUUGAUGUGAAGGAGGAGCCUGUGGAUACUUUUUCAGAAGAUCUGCUUAGUAUUGAUGAUGAACCUUUGGGCGCUUACAGAGGUAAAAGGCCAGUUAGUCGUAGAAGACCUAAUAAAUUAUCAAGCAAUUACAUCUAUAAGGACACAGAUUUUUAUUACAUGUGUGAAAUGUGUGAUGCAAGUUUCCUUUCUAAGGCAGAAUUGAGCGAACACAUGUUCUUUCAUAGACUCAAAUCACGGAGUCGCAGAGGAGAAAAGAGACGUGCACUUGGCACAGCAGACCAAGAGAGACAAGAAGUAUUAAAACGGCUGAAGGUAGAAGAACUUCAAAGUACUGAAGUUGCAACCAUUAAUGUAGGGGGAUUUGAAAGGUUCAAGUGCCCAAUGUGCAAGGGACACUUUGCAUCUGUCACAGAUUUAAAUAGGCACAGAACACAGGCUCACAAGGGAUUUGACACAGAUGUAUUGCAUGAUGUAAAUAUGCCAGUUCAGCGCACUGAAGUUUUCCAGUGUGCAUUCUGUGAGAAAUUGUAUCGAAGGGAACGAGAGCUACGAAGGCAUCUUAAGCAUGAUUGUGUUAAAAUCCCUAAACAUCUAAAGGCUAAAAUAUCCUUGGGUGUAACUCUUUCUCAAUUAGAAUCUAUGGGAAAUGGACCCCUCUAUCGGAUAAUUAAAAGAAAUCCUGAUGAUACUCCUGUGUGUGACCCAUCUCCUUCAAAAACCUCCAGCACAGUAACUUACAAAGGACCCAUAACCUGUAAAUAUUGUCUUAUGGUGACAAGGAGGGAAGCAGAAAUGAAACGGCACAUAUGGAAAUAUUGUGUAAAAAUACCAAGGGAUGUUGUCAAAAAAUUCAAAUUAGGUGCAACAUUAGAAGAGCUUGGAUUUUUGUAUGGCAGUGAUAAACCUGAGUUAUCGGAAGAUUUGCUCGCAUCUAAUAAUUCAUCACCCACGGAAAAUAACUGCACAUCACCCACUGAAAAUAACUACCUAUCACCCACUGAAAAUAACUGCACAUCACCCGUUGAAAAUAAUUGCAUGUCACUCCUUGAAAAUGAUUGCCCAUCACGAAAUGAAAGUCAUAACCCAUCAUCCGCUGAAAAUAAUUGCACAUCACUCCUUGAAAAUGACUGCCCAUCACGAAAUGAAAUUUAUAACCCAUCACCCACUGAAAAAGCCAACUCAUCACACAGUGAAGAUUAUAAUCCACCUCCCACUCUGUGUAAUGUCCCAUCAACCACUGUAAAUGACAACCCAUUAACCACUGCAAAGAAAAAUAUUUCUAGUUCCUUAGUUGUGUCACAGAUAAUUACAAUAGAUUCUCCACCUGCCAACCGUGCACCUAGUCAAAUGUUCCCGUUUCCUUUGCCAGGAUUACAAUUUUCGAAGUCCAAAGAGCCCUUGGUAUGUUCAUACUGUGGUUUAUGGUACUUCAGAGAAUCUGCUAUUCUUAAGCAUAUGAAAGAGCGCUGUAUCAAGAUACCAGAUAUGGAAAAAGAGUUUCUGAACAGUGGAUCUCGUAUUUGCAGUGUGCCUCAGAAAGGUAAUGAAGCAAGUGAAGCCCUGCAACUUUGUAAGGCAGUGUACAAAAAAGUUGAAAUGCCUGAGCAUAUUGCAAGAUAUGUUUCCCUGCAAGUUUCCCUGCCAGGGAGCCAAGAAUCAGAAUCUCUAUCUAUACUCCCCUUAGAAUUAAACAGUGAAAAAAGGGGUAGUAGUAAGGAACUGAGUGAGCCUCCUGUAGUUGUUACUAUAAAACGGGUGCCAGUAGCAGAGCAAAUAACCAAGAGGCAGGGCAGGGGAGGAGCCAACAGGAAAAGUACAAAGUGUCGCAGAUGCCACGAAAGUUUCAAAUCACCUGAAGCAGUUCUUGCACACAGCAGUGUACAUCAUGGGCCCAAGAAGGGCUUUUAUAGGUGCAAAUUGUGCCAAUUUAAGGUGCCAAAAUAUAAACAAUUAAGAGAACAUGUAUGGGAACACACAGAAGAGACUCCAUAUAGAUGCCAUGUUUGUGAGGUUAAAUUUAGAGUAAGUGAUGCUCUGGUAGAACAUAUGGAGACAGAGCAUGCAUACAAGUUAGUCAAAGAGAGGAACCUUUACAAGUGGUUACCAGGACGCAAUGGCAAAUACAGGGACAUUAAACCAAUGUGUAAAGAUAAUUGUGAAGAGAGCUUAGAAGAUCUUGAUACUAAUUUGGAUAAUCUUGCUGAAGUUAUGGUGAUUACAGACAGUGACAUUUGGACUGGUACGAAUGCAGGAAACACAUCAGCAGACAGUGAAAAUGUUGAUAAAAUACCUCAUGAAACUCUUGAAAGAGUGGCAAAUGACAGCAGUCAACCUGGACAGUUUGAGAGUAAGUAUCUUAAAAACAAAUCCUCUUUGUCCAAGGGAAAUAUAUCUGUAUUUUCAAGCUGUGAAAAUGAGAAAUGUGUUGACCGAAAUGUGGAGACAAAGCAGUCCACUUUAUAUAUGAAUAACUUGGCACAUAAAGAAGGUAUUGAAGAGAAAAGCAAGCCUCAUCAUACAGUGAAAAAGGAGAGGGUAGAUUCUGGACAGAAAAUGACCUCUUUAAAAGGAAAAACUGUCAAUAAAGAUGCUACUAAAAUGAAGAAAUUAAUUUUGAAAAAGGACAAGGAAACAAAAUUGAAACUGAAAGCUAUAAAGAAUUGUGAUGCAGAAAUGAGUUCAAAGGCUAAAGUGGACAACCUGAAUGCAGUAGUAAAAAUGGAAGAGACCUGGGUAGGUAGGCCAGUAAAAGGAAAUAUAGACACUGAGAAAGGACAUUUGAGCCCUGAAGGGAAGGAAAUAGUAAAAUUACAAGAGAAAACAAAAGAAAUAAAAAAACAGGCAAUUGAUGAAGCAUGUGGUGAUGAUGGCUAUGCAGAGAAUGGUGAAGGCCUUCUCUCCAAUGUUGGAAACCUUGAUAGUGUUGUAGAGACUGUUCAUCUGACAGAUAAAUGUCUCUCGUGAGGUUUCUCUCGUAUCUUCCUGGGCUGUUCUGUACAGUAUGUAUAUAUAUAUACACAGUAAUAUGUAUAAAAGUUAAUAAAUUCUCAUAAGUUUGAUAUUUUGACUCCUGUCAGCUGUUAAUAGGAUUUGGAAGAAAAUGUGAAAGUUUAUAUGAAUUAUUUAUUCUGUUCAGCACUACAGUGUUUAUGAAUUGCCGUUUUGUAAUAGUAAAUCUGAUCUGAUAUGUAUAUAGUAACACAGUAUUUACUAUCAACAAAAAUGUGCCAUGUUUUCAUCUAAAUAUGUCAGUCUCAGAUUAUUCUGACCAUUGUUCAGGGAUGUACUAUACUGUACUCGCCUCUGUUUGUGAUACCUGUUCUAAAGUUAUAAGGAAUGUAUAUAACUUGUUUAUAAAAUACUUUUUUAAGUGAGUUAUUAGACCUAAGUACAAAUAAAUAUUUCCAACAA